AUGCAAAUCCGAGCAUGGCUGAGAGAGUGCAAGGAGCAUAAGUGCUGCAGCGCUUUACAUGAGGACAGUAUCCUUCCUACAAGGGUUAUUGAAGUUAGUCCUCUAGGAAGAAGAUAUGCGCGAGUCGUGGAGUCUAAAAACCUGCGUGGUCUCUAUGCUACACUUUCCUACUGUUGGGGGCAAGACGAUUUUCCAACUCUCACCAAGGCCAAUUACGCACAAUUCACCGAAGGAUUGGAUGAAGAGACUUUACCUCCCACCAUCCGUGAUGCUCUUGCAACUACUCGCACCUCGUCCAUCCCGUACUUGUGGAUUGACGCUCUCUGCAUAAUCCAGGAUUCUGAAAUGGACAAAGCGAGAGAAAUGGCACGAAUGAAAGAAAUAUAUGCCUCCUCAAUCUUGACGAUAGUCGCUGCUGCGGCAGAAAGUGUCUCUAAAGGAUUUCUCUAUCCUCGUGUGCACCGGGAGAUUCUUUACACUAUCCCUGUCCGGCUUCAACCUGACGUCUUUGGCACUAUGUCUAUCAAUGACCUAGACGCCGUAUGUUAUGACGAGCAUUGUGAGCCCAUUUCAAAAAGAGCCUGGGCUAUGCAGGAACAGCUUCUGAGCAAUUGUGUGCUCACUUAUACAACACGCACUAUGAUGUGGAGAUGUAGGGAAGGCAUAAAAAAUUUUGGUAACUCCUUAUAUUUCCCGCAUGACAUUGACACAGGAUAUACUGCCCACGUCGAAAAGUACAGCCUUAAUCUGCACUCGUUGCUUCUUAGCCAAGAAGAGGCUUGUGCUUAUAAAGACAAGGCUUUGAGUUGCUGGCUGCGCCUCGUUACAGCGUAUUCAAUCAGAGUUACAAGCCUUGAGCGUGACAAAUUGAAUGCUCUGGCUGGUAUCGCCUCUCAUUCUUCGUUUUCCCGCGCGCUUGGACCUGGCUACUUUGCUGGAUUGUGGCAAUACAAUCUUGCAAGGCAACUCACAUGGCGAACAUCAAAUUGGCACAGAUCACUAGCUAAUGGUGAAAACUUCAUAUUUGAAAGGCCAGGAAGGUAUCAGGCUCCUUCUUGGUCUUGGGCAAGUCUCAACGGGGGUACCAUACAUUUCGAUUUCUCCUAUGAUGAAGAUAAGACCAUGCCUGAAGUUAUAUGUGCUAUUCUGGAUUGCUCAACAAUGCCAGCGUUUCCAGAACUGAAUCCAUUUGGGGAAAUACUGUCGGCACAGUUGAGGCUGAGAGCCCCCACUCGAAAGGCCUGGUUCAAACCUUCCACGUCUAAUGUUUUGGUGCUCUCUGAACACAUCUGUGAAACCGAGGUCGUGGACCUUAAAAAUGAAACAAUAACUCUUGAGGAAGCUUUGCAAAUACAUGUGGAUGAUUUUAGACUGAGACACCCAGACGUGAAUAUAACCGAGGAGCAGGAGGCUAUGCACGGCACGAAUUACGGCAAUAUGUGCGGUACAUGUGACGAGACAGCACACCGCGAGUGUUGUUUAGUCUUAUGUGUGGCCAUUACUUUGGAAGAUAAAAGGGAUGAUGGCGUGAAAGGUCUGCUCCUCAUCAAGGAAGAAGAUGAGAGAAGGAAUGGCUCCGUCUUCAAGAGAAUUGGUUUUUUCGAAAGGGGAAAAAAUGUUGAUUUCAAGAAUGACAACAAUUUAGAGGUUUCCAUCAUAUAGGGAGCUUCAUGCGAACAUUGCGCGUGCUUUCUAGGCUAUUCACUCUCGCGAUACUCCAAGGGGGUUUGAGAGCUCAACUGACCUUCAUCCUGACCUGGACAUAUGUCAUCCAAAACCGGGCUUAGGGGCCAGGACACCGCCCGGGUUGGGGCGAACCCAUAGUUUACAAGCAGUUACAAGUCCUG